UUUGUGUUUGUAUGCAGGUAGCGUUUUUGGAGUGUGUCCACAGGUGCUGUUUUUCUUCUAACCCUGGUUUUUACUCCGUGACCGCACCAAAAGGCACGUCAUUUGGCAAGACGACCAAUCACAGGUCAGCUGUUUGAAUUUAUGCCAGGGAUUUUUGGGGGCUUGCGAGACUUAAGUUGUGGUGGCAAAAGCCGGUGUUUUCAAUCCCUUAAAAAAAAAACAGUGAGACAAGAUGCCCUAUACGCCGUCUGGGUUCUUCUGCGACCGUUUAAUUCGGGAGAGGGAGAGAAGGGAUGGCGAAGGGUCGCUGAGCAAACCCAUUCGCUUCAGUGGCCAGGACUACACCCUCCUCAAGCAGGAGUAUCUCCAGAAGAAGACCCUGUUCGAGGACGAGACCUUCCCUGCUACUGUGGACUCUCUGGGCUAUAAAGAACUGGGCCACAAGUCUAACAAAGUCAAGAACAUCGUCUGGAAACGUCCCAAGGAGAUCUGCGAUAACCCACAGUUCAUUGUCGGAGGCGCUAGCAGGACUGAUAUCUGCCAGGGAGAUCUGGGUGACUGCUGGUUGCUUGCAGCCAUUGCCUGUCUGACUCUGAAUGACAAGCUGCUGUAUCGUGUUAUUCCUCAAGAGCAGAGCUUCUCCGAACAAUAUGCAGGAAUUUUCCAUUUCCAGUUCUGGCGAUAUGGGGAUUGGGUGGAUGUUGUGGUUGAUGACCGCAUUCCCACCUUCAACAACCAACUGGUGUUCACCAAGUCUGCUGAGAGGAACGAGUUCUGGAGCGCUCUUCUGGAGAAGGCUUACGCUAAGCUUCAUGGGUCCUAUGAGGCCCUGAAGGGUGGAAACACAGCCGAGGGAAUGGAGGACUUCACUGGUGGAGUGACUGAAUUCUACGAGAUGAAGGAGGCGCCCAAAGAGCUGUAUAAGAUCAUGCAGAAAGCUCUAGAGAGAGGCUCACUCAUGGGCUGCUCCAUUGAUUCUCUGGUUCCAGCCCGCUUUGAAACUCGUACUGCGACAGGUCUUGUGAAGGGUCAUGCCUACUCUGUGACCGCUGUUGAGGAGUGUAAACAGAGCCAGCAGAAGGAGUCUAGAGUGCGUCUGGUGCGUUUGCGUAACCCCUGGGGUCAAGUAGAGUGGAAUGGACCAUGGAGUGACAAUUCUAAAGAAUGGGAAAGUCUUUCUAAAGCGGAAAAAGAGAAACUCCAGCAACAGAACGCUGAAGAUGGAGAGUUUUGGAUGUCGUUUGAAGAUUUUAAGAAAAAUUACACCAAAAUUGAGAUUUGUAACUUGACACCUGAUGCCCUGGAGGACGAUAAGCUACAUAAGUGGACAGUGUCUGUCAAUGAGGGCCGCUGGGUGAGAGGCUGCUCUGCCGGAGGAUGCAGAAACUAUCCAGACACAUUCUGGACAAACCCACAAUACCGUCUGCGUCUCCUGGAGGAAGAUGACGAUCCGGAGGAUGAUGAAGUGGCCUGCACAUUUGUUGUUGCUCUAAUGCAGAAAAACAGACGUAAAGAACGCAAGUUGGGUGCGAAUCUCUUGACCAUUGGAUUUUCCAUCUAUGAGGUGCCAAAGGAGAUGCAUGGAAAUAAGCAGCACAUGCAGAAGGAGUUCUUCAUGUCUACCACCGCUAAGGCUCGGUCCAGGGCCUACAUUAACCUGCGCGAGGUCACCCAGCGUUUCCGUCUGAGUCCCGGAGAGUACGUCAUCAUUCCCUCUUCUUACGAGCCCCAUCAGGAAGGCGAGUUCAUCCUCCGCGUCUUCUCUGAAAAGAGAAAUACUUCUGAGGAGAUAGAGAACAGGAUUGAAGCUGAUCAUCCAGUGCCUUCUCCGGCUUCAACUGGGGAGGAGAGCGAAGAGGACCAACAGUUCCUGUCCAUUUUCCAGCACAUCGCGGGGGACGUGAGUACUGGGGAGGCAGUGAGCGCUUGGGGGAGUAACAUGGAGGUCUCUGCCAACGAGCUUAAAGAUGUCUUGAACAAGGUGGUGUCUAAACACAAGGACAUUCACACCGAGAGCUUCAGUCGAGAGUGCUGUAGAAGCAUGAUUGCCCUCAUGGACGUAUCCUUUAUGGAUGGAACAGGAAGACUUAACCUGCAAGAGUUUAGACAAUUGUGGAACAAAAUCAAACAGUGGCAGGAAAUCUUUAAGCGCUAUGACUUUGAUCAUAAUGACACUAUCAGCAGCUAUGAGAUGAGAAACGCCAUCAAUGACGCAGUCACGUGUCUUGUGUGUCACUCAGGGUUCCGUCUGAACAACCAGCUGUAUGACAUCAUCACCAUGCGCUACGCCAACGAAAGCAUGAAUGUCGACUUUGAGAGUUUCAUCAGCUGCCUUGUGCGACUGGAGGGGAUGUUCAGAGCAUUCCAGGCCUUUGACCAAUGUGGAGAUGGCAGCAUCAGGCUCAGUGUACUGGAGUGGCUCCAGCUAACCAUGUACGCGUAGGCAAGCUACAGAUCCAGGUGAGCCCGGACUUGGCAAGGACCAGAACUACCAGCUUUUACCUCAACACUCAAUGCUGCCAGACUACUGUUACCUCUUUCUCUGUACCUCAGCUCAACACGACUGCCCCUCUACAUUUAUCAUUUAUAGAGGGUAAGACGGGUCUAAUGUUGGCGGGCAGCACAUUUGAGGCAAUCUUUCAGGGGCACUGUGCGCAAGCAGCUUUUGAGGCAUAAGUCAUCCUCAGACGAUCUUCUGUCAUAACUUGUUCUUUGAAGUCAUUACACAUGAACUGCAUUCAGUUUGUCUACACUAGUGUCACAGGCAGCGUUUCUCGCUUUUCCUCAGCUAGCCUCAAAAACGCUUAUGUAUUAUAGCCCUGAAAUUCCUCUCUGCUAUAUGCUGAUGGAGCCAAUAAACUAUAGAUAACAAUAUAAAUAACUCAAUAGUUAAAAUAGGAAGGAAUUGAAGUCAAGUAGAUUUGGAUAUAACCUUCAACAAUAUCACUUACUGAUACAACUGACUACUUAAAUUGACCUUUCAUACUGAAAAACAGCCAAAAUUUGAUCCACAUUUGAAUGCGGAGUUAGUUCUACACUUAGAAAUCAUGACAACAUCCCUUUAUCAGAGAAUGCCUUUCCAUCUUCACCUCGACUCGACGUGCUGUCCAUCCCAACUUCUCAGUCAUGAUUUGGUGAUAUCAUUUAGGAAAUAAAGCAUACAUCAUUUGUUCCCCCUUUCAAAUCCUGGUUGUUUGGGAGACAGGAACAUGGUGAAGAAGGAGGAUCAUAAAAAACUGAAGGAGGAGGAGAAUCAUGGAUCUCAAAACCUCAAAGCUCAUGAUGGACGGCAACAUUCAGGGUCUUACCUUAAUUACUGUGGGUGAAGAUAUGGGUCGAACCUAGGCUUUUUUUGUGUGUGUGUGCUUGACCCUCAUUUAACCUAUUGUACAAAUGAGUGUACUGACUUUACCUUGUUUAACUGAAUAAAUCAUUGUGUAGUUCUUGGCUGAA